UGGAAUGCUGCUAUGAAGUCAGAAAUUGCUGCACUUAUAAAGAAUCAAACAUGGGAUGUGGUGGAAUUACCACCUGGGAAGAAAACCAUUGGUAACAAAUGGGUUUACAAGAUUAAGGUUCAUCAAGAUGGGUCUCUUGAACGUUUUAAAGCCAGAGUUGUGGCCAAAGGCCAUACUCAGCAGGAAGGAGUGGAUUUUCAGGACACAUUUGCCCCAGUAGUUAAGAUGACAACAAUCAGAACCUUCUUGGCUGUGGCAGCUAUGAGGAACUGGCAUAUUCACCAGCUAGAUGUGAAUAAUGCCUUCCUCCAUGGUGAUCUCCAGGAGGAAGUUUAUAUGACACUACCUAAGGGCUAUGAACCACCUCUUGGUUUCACCAAUCCUGUUUGUCGCCUUAAAAAGUCCCUUUAUGGACUCAAACAGGCUUCUUGACAAUGGUUCAACAAGCUCAAUGACAAACUGCAACUACUGGGUUACACUCAAAGUAAGGCAGAUCACUCCCUUUUCUAUAAAGCCACAGACUCUUCAUACACCUGUGUUCUCAUUUAUGUCGAUGAUUUGGUUGUUGGUGGUAAUGAUCUUACUGCCAUUGAGCAACUCAAGGCUCUUCUUCAUACAGAGUUCAGUAUAAAGGAUUUGGGUACUCUAAGGUUUUUUCUUGGUAUGGAAGUUGCAAGAAACAAACAGGGCAUUCACCUUUCACAAAGGAAAUAUGCACUAGAAAUCAUUGAAGAAGCAAGAUUAAUUGAUUCAAAGACUGUCUCCACUCCAAUGGAUUACAAAGCACAUCUAUCUACUGCUUGUGAUAUCCCCUAUGAGAAUCCUGAACACUACAGAACCCUUGUGGGCAAACUCAUCUAUCUAACUACUACUAGGCCUGAUAUCAGUUUUGCCACACAACAAGUCAGCCAGUACAUGGGUUCUCCUAAUCAAGUUCACUACAAAGCAGUACUUCGUAUCAUCAGGUACCUUAAAACUGCUCCUGCCACAGGCAUUUUCUUCCCAGUUCAGGGUAAUUUCCAACUCAAAGCAUUCUCGGAUUCCGACUAGGCUGCUUGUGUUGACACCCGCCGCUCCAUUACUGGCUUUUGUGUGUAUCUGGGUAAUUCCCUCAUCUCAUGGAAGAGUAAAAAGCAACAGACUGUCUCCCGCUCUUCAUGUGAAGCUGAAUACCGAGCUCUUGCAUUCACCGCCUGUGAAGUCCAAUGGCUGAUGUACCUCUUGCAAGACUUCAAGGUGGAUCAUUCUCAGCCAGCAAACAUUUAUGCGAUAAUCAAAGCGCGAUUUAUGUCGCAGAAAACCCCACCUUCCAUGAAAGAACCAAACAUAUCGAGCUGGACUGUCACCUCGUCCGUGAGAAACUUCAAUCCAAGGUGCUUAAACUCCUCCAUGUCUCUUCUUCCCAUCAGCUGGCUGAUCUCUUCACGAAACCUCUGUCUCCAUCGCCAUUUCUUCAACUUGUCUCCAAGCUUGGCGUCCACGAUCUCUGCCCGCCAGCUUGCGGGGGGUAACAGGAUUUCAAUCCCUAAAAGUUUGAAUUGCAACGGUCGUCCCCAAUUGAUAGAGACGAAGACUUGUCCGACGCCGUUUUGCUCUUUGGUUCCUCACUUACCAGCAUGCUGUCGUUUCGCUCUGUUUCCCUAUUUGCUGUUCAUUUUCUUUUUGCUCAAGACAAAGCUUGUUUCCGUUCCAAGCUAAGGGACAAACCAUGUAAAAGCAUUGUUGUCUUCUUGUGUUUGAUCAGCCUAUAUAAGGCCUGUGAUGAAUGAGAAUGAAUCAAGUUUAGGGUUUCAAUCUCCUCUAUCCUUUGUUAACUUUCUCCAGUCUCAAUGAUUUCCUGCAAAUAUGACAAUGCACAAAACGAGUAACCACAAAGGAUGGGAUCAUUGAGAAAACCACCAUAUAUGUGGAUUUGAGGUGUGAAUAUAAUGAGACAUUCAGAAAGAAGAACUUUCGAUCACAGAAAGUUGUAAACAAUGUCGAGAACCAGUUGAUCGUAAUGAAUCUCAUAUGUAGACUUUACUAGAGUAAAUAAUAAGGGGCUACUGUGAAGGGUAAAUGGUACACUUUGAUAUUCAGUUUUCCUUCUAAACUAUCUACAUGGGGGUGAAAAUGAGAUUUCUCAGCAGCAACAUUGCAAAACAGGUUGCUAUGAGACCAGUAGAAUACAUUUGUGGGGGGUGGGGGGAACAAGGUACAACAAUCAAAGAUGAGCUGCCUGGUUUGCUGGGAUUCUAUAUGCAUAAAUUUUUAUUUACAAUUUGAAAACUAGUACUUGUUCACAAAUUACAAAAUUAAUUAUUACCCCUGAUAAACAUGGUCUAAGCCU